ACGGUCCAGAGUUGAGCAGCCCUGCCCUACAAGGUGUGUUCCUCCGCGGGCUCCACCAUCAGCAUCAUCUUCUCUAGAGAGGAAGCUGCGGUUUGUGCUUUCAUUCACCUCCAGGGCGCCAUUUAAAGAAGGAAAGAAGAUGUCUUGCGGAGAGCAGACGUCGUCAACAUGGAGGACACUAACGUUAAGUGAAAACACACUCUUCGGGAUGGGCAACCCCCUGCUGGACAUUUCUGCUGUGGUCGACAAGGACUUCCUUGAUAAGUACGGCCUCAAGCCCAAUGAUCAGAUCCUCGCUGAGGACAAACACAAGGCCUUGUUCGAAGAAAUCGUCAAGAGAAAAGAAGUUGAAUAUCACGCCGGCGGUUCCACGCAGAACUCGAUGAAAAUUGCCCAGUGGAUGAUCCAGAAGCCCCACAAGGUGGCGACCUUCUUCGGCUGCAUCGGCACCGACCGCUUCGGGGAGAUCCUGAAGAAGAAGGCGGAGGAAGCCCACGUGGACGCCCGCUACUACGAGCAAAGCGAGGAGCCCACCGGCACCUGUGCGGCCUGCAUCACCGGCGACAACAGGUCCUUGGUUGCUAACCUGGCUGCAGCCAACUGCUACAAGAAGGAAAAACACCUGGACCUGGACACCAACUGGGAGCUGGCGACCAAAGCCAAGGUCUAUUAUAUAGCGGGCUUCUUCCUCACCGUGUCCCCGGAGUCUAUACUCAAGGUGGCCAAGCACGCCUCGGAAAGCAACAAAAUCUUCUGCAUGAACCUGUCGGCGCCCUUCAUCUGCCAGUUCUUCAGCGAGGCCCUGAUGCAGGUCAUGCCCUACGUGGACAUCCUCUUCGGUAACGAGACGGAGGCGGCGGCGUUCGGCAAAAAGCUGGGCUUUGAGACGGACGACAUCGGCGAGAUCGCGAGGAAGACCCAAGACCUGCACAAGGAGAACCCGACCAGGCCCAGGAUGGUGGUGUUCACCCAGGGCAAGGACGACACUGUCGCAACCACCGGUGACAAGGUGACCAUGUUCCCUGUUUUGGACAUCGACCAGAACGAUAUCGUGGACACGAACGGUGCUGGAGACGCCUUUGUUGGAGGGUUCCUGUCUGCCUUGGUCCAGGAGCAUCCGCUGGAGGAGUGCAUCCGGGCGGGACACUACGCCGCUAACGUCAUCAUCAGACGAGUGGGAUGCACCUUCCCGGAGAAGCCGGACUUUCACUAGAUCCACCCGCAUAGCGUGAUGGCGUACACGUCCGCGUCAGGAUUUUAUGUUUUUCUACUGCACCCUGACCACGAGGGGGGCAAAAUAAACAACUUUCUGUACGAUCA